CCUACUUUAAGGUACCUUGACUACUGCCACUACUCCUGUAGGUGCCGCACCGAUACGCACCACACCGCACCGCACCUCAAAAAUUCUUCGCCCUUUGUCCCGCCGCCACAAAGUGGGCGCGUCUAACAAAUCCUUCGACCAAUUUUAUCAUCGAAACCCCGAUUGCUUCUUCUCGCCCCUCUGUGGUUUGAUGUGACCACUGCCUCUCAUUUCGUCGCCCCCCCCCCUCACGCGCGUCCUCUGGCAAGCCGGCGCGGUGACCACCGGCUCAUGCAGGCAGGCGACUUGCGCCCGACCCGGUGUUGCUGCUGAUCCAUCUCAUCCUCAUCUCACUACUACAACGACUACCACCACCGUCGCCAACUCCACAUCAAACGUCGAGGGCUUGCUUCGACAUUGCCGCCAGUUCCCCUCCAACCCGGGGCCCUUUCACCCCCCCUGUUACGUUGCCCUCCGAUCCCUCCUGGAUCGAGAAACUUCUCGGCCUUGGAGGAGCCGAAAUCGACUCCGUCCCAACUCUCUGUUGACCAACAGCUCGAGACAGCUCACGCCAGUGGCACGCCUCCCUGGUGGCCGGCACUCUUCAUUUAGGUCCGGUCUCGCCGUCUCAUAAUAGCGGCGCCUCCGUGCCACCUGCUGCCGCCCCCUCCCAACUGCUCUCUUAUACACGUUUGGACGGCCGCCACGAGUCAGAGCGUCUGUGUGCCUUAAAACGUGUGAGACGCCGCCAGCGCACCUGUGGCUGAACGUGCCAGACUUCGAGUCAUCUGUCGGUGCAAAGGCCGCAGCUCGUCUUUCUUCAGACGACGCGGCACCCGCGAUCGUCUCCAUCUUUUCAUCACCGGCUUUGGGCAGAUCCUCUCGGCACUUCCACCGCAAUGGCUCCGCACCCGACGCUCAAGGCCACUUGCGCCUCGAGGGCCGAGACGGCCUCUCAUCCUCUCACCUCGUACCUCUUCCGGUUGAUGGAGCUCAAGGCCUCCAAUCUUUGUCUGAGUGCCGACGUCACAACGGCACGCGAGCUGCUCUACUUUGCCGACAAGAUUGGGCCGUCGAUUGUGGUGUUCAAGACGCACCACGACAUGGUAUCGGGCUGGGACUUUCACCCCCAGACAGGCACGGGUGCCAAGCUCGCCUCCCUCGCCCGCAAACAUGGCUUCCUCAUCUUCGAAGACCGCAAGUUUGGCGACAUUGGCAACACGGUCGAGAUGCAGUACAUUGGGGGCUCGGCCCGCAUCAUCGAGUGGGCCCACAUCGUCAACGUCAACAUGGUCCCCGGAAAGGCGUCGGUCGCCUCGCUCGCCAACGCCGCCACCCGGUGGUUCGAGCGGUACCCGUACGAGGUUAGGACUUCUGUCACCGUCGGUACGCCUACUGCCGAACAGUUCGAGGACGCCGAUACGGGCUCAAGUCAAGAGGGAGAGGCAGACAGGAACGAGGGCAAGCAACGGGCCGACGACGGGCGCAAGGGCAGCAUCGUCUCCGUCACCACGGUCACGCAGCAAUACGAACCCGCCAACUCGCCGCGCCUGACCAAGAGCAUGGCUGGCGGUGACGAGGUUCUCUUCGCCGGAAUCGACGAGGCGCCCAUGACCAGGGGGCUGCUGAUCCUGGCGCAGAUGUCGAGCCAGGGCAACUUCAUGAACAAGGAGUACACGCAAGCCUGCGUUGAGGCCGCGAGAGAGCACAAGGACUUUGUCAUGGGCUUCGUGUCGCAGGAGAGUCUCAACUCGGAACCCGAGGACCAGUUCAUCCACAUGACGCCCGGCUGCCAACUGCCGCCCGAGGACGAGGACCAGAACGGGACGGUGCAGGGCGACGGCAAGGGACAGCAGUACAACACGCCACAGAAGAUCAUCGGCGUGUGCGGCGCGGAUAUUGCCAUUGUCGGACGAGGCAUCCUGCGGGCUGGCGACCCCGAGGAGGAGGCCGAGCGGUAUCGGUCAGCAGCCUGGAAGGCGUACACUGAGCGUGUGCGGUGAGUGGCGUUGGGUUAUGUGGAAUGUGAGGCGUACGGGCAGGUAUUUGGAUCGGAUUGUGAAGGCCGAGGACUUGGUCUUGAUCUUGGCCGGUGGUUGUGGAGGGAGGAGAGUCUAUGGCAGUACGUGUAUCCUGGGAGGAGCCCGACGUGAAUAAUCCAUCAACCGUCUCUGGUAAAGACGAAGUGGGUGUUAUGGCAGGGCAAUACUGCGGUACUGUCGAGCUCUUCGUGUGUUUAUACCGUUUAAGCCGUUCAUGCCUCUUGCCGGGCCCGUACCGUGUCUACAAGCAGGUCGAAUUCGGAGCGCACAUGCGUGGAGGAUUUACAAAGUGUAUUACUUCGAAUAUCGC